UUUGGUACCAAGUCAUUGACAGACAACCAAGUUGCUUGACGUCACGGCAACAUGCAAGACAGCACACUGCACCACCGUCGCAGCAAAGCUGCAGAAGACACUGCCUAUGGUCACAGCAGCAGCCUGCAUCUCCAUGACGAUGGCACCAGUCAAAGGAAGAGAGCGAAGGGUCACUUUGUACGGCUGUGGGUCGUACUCGCGUGGGUUGCUGGUCUCGUCGCCUUUACGUUUUGGCGACACCUGUGGCUUCCCAAGCCAAAGUCGUCGGACAUCCCAUUGCACGAGUUCUCGGAAGGUCGGGCGCGGGUAUUCCUGGAGGAGCUGCAGAGCAUCGAAGGGUUCCGCACCGUGGGCAGCAAGAGCAACGAGGAGCUGACUCCGGCGUGGCUCCUCGCGCAUCUCCACACCUUCCAGCAACGCUGUGUCGCGCCAUGUCAGCUGGACAUCGAAGUGCAGCGGCCGACGGGUGCAUUUGGCCUGGACUUCCUGUCGAAGUUCCAAAACGUAUAUGCGAACGUGACCAACAUCGUCGUGCGCGUGCAGCGGACGACCCUGGACGAGAGCUCUACCCCCGCGAUUCUCCUGUCUUCGCAUUACGACGCGGCCGUUGGUGCCGGCGCCGCGUCCGACGACGGAGUGAACAUCGCGAUCAUGCUGGAGCUGCUGCAGAACGUCGUGGCGUCGGAAACGAUGCUGCCAUCGCACAAUGCGCUCAUGUUCAACUUCAACGGCGCCGAAGAGACGAUGCUCCAGGCCGCCCACGGAUUCAUCACCCAGCACCCGUGGAAGGACCAAGUCGCGGCGUUCAUCAACCUCGAGGCGUCUGGCGCGGGCGGGCGGGAGCUGCUCUUCCAGACCGGCAGCGAUAUCCUGGCCAUGGCGUACGCUAGAGGCGCGCCGUACCCGCAUGCCAGCACCAUCGCCCAAGAAGUGUUUCAGUCGGGCGUGAUUCCAGGCGUGACCGACUACACCGUGUACUCGGAGCACGGCGAAGUCGCUGGCAUGGAUUUUGCGUUUAUUGCCAACGGGUACGUGUACCACACCCCCCUCGACGACAUCUCGCGGAUCCAGCAAGGGUCGAUCCAGCGGUUUGGCGAGAAUAUCCAGGGCACGCUGGCCGAGCUGUUCAAAGACCCCGCCGCCCUGCACACGAUCAACAGCAGCGUUCGCGCCCACAGACACGUCUUCUUCGACUUGUUCGGCGUUGUGACCGUCACGUACUCGGAGGCUGUGGGCGAGUGGGUCAACUACCUCGUGGUCGUGCUGGCGCUGGUGUACUGCGCCAUCUGGUCGCGGUUGCCGUGGGCGUCCAAGUGGCAGGGCGUGCUCCAGCUGAUCAAGAUGAAUGCAUUAGCAUUUACAUCGUCCAUGUCUAUGGCGGGGCUUCUCCUGGUGUUGGCCCCCAUGUCCUGGUAUGCUUCUCCUGUCACGCACCUCUGGGUGUUUAUCUUUCCGACAGUCGUGGGCUACUUGACUGUGUUUCCAUGUACAGAGACGUCGGCUGUGCAGUGGACGGAAAUGUUUGUGGAAGGACUUGCACUGCUUUGGAUGGCACUCAGUGUGCUGCUCAUGGCCGCCGGAGUGCAAAGCGCCUACUUGAGCAUCUCCUGGGUGCUGUUUCCGCUGUUUAGUUAUGCCCUAUUCCACGACAUUGCCACCACUCGUGCGUCGUCGAUUCAUGUCCCUUUUAAUAUACUAGGCACGACGUUGGCCCUGGUGGUCGGUCCUGCGAUUCCACUGGUAUACUUUCUUCAAGUGGACUUCAUGGUACUCCAAGUGUUCAUUCCGAUCAUGGGCCGAGUGGGCAACAUCUUGCCAGUGGACUGCAUCAUGGCCGUGCUCUUGUCUAUCCUGACCACGAUCACGCUGAGUGCCAUCACCCCCCUUUUAUGCCUCGUGCGUCCAUCUUCUUUGCAUGUGCUUCACAAAUACACGGUGCUUGGCUCGGUCGCCAGCGUCGUGGUCGCUAUACUCAGCAAUUCGUACUCGGCAGACUGCCCCAAGCGCCUGGGACUGAACCAUAUUUACCGCAACUUUUCCCAAUUGAACCUUCCGGAUGACUGGGGGAUGUGGAUCAACGCAUGUGAUUACCUGGGAUUGGAGCCACUGAGACCCGCGUUUGCAAGCAACUCAAAGUGGAGCCACCGACUCCAUGCCCCAGCGGGACCUGAGGCCCCCAUCACCAUCUUUGAUAACUUUCCCUGGUUUUACCCCAUUUCGCACAUCAUCCCCGUCAAGCACACGUGGUACCUGCCCGCCAACCCCCCCGAUGUCCAGACCAUCCCGACCUAUGUGGACGUCGUAUCCUCGUCAUAUGAUGACUCCACCGAUCGCCGUCAAAUUCACUUCCGCUUCAACGGACCAUCCCACGCAAAUUUGUACAUUGACGCCACCAACACGACCUUAACGGCCUGGUCGCUUGGCCAAGGUCGUGAUGGCGUCCCGCCUGCCGUGGACGAAUGCUAUAUUUUGCAGCUCGCGUCUGGCAGUGCCACGUCAUCGUUUCACUUUUGGAUCGAAGUGGAAUCGAACGCCACUUUGAACGUGGCGUACUGCGGGUUUUACCUGGAUUUAAUGACCGCCGACCUCGAGAAAACCAUCGACACGUUGCCACCGUGGGCCACGCAGUCCCACGCCGUGGCUUCUUGGGGCAUUUUGCAAGUGUAAUUAUAACCAAUAAAGCCCACACAUUUCGAAUGGUA